GGAGGCUCCGGUUUGGAAAAUGGCAAAGGCGAGCCGCUGUGGGGCGAGGGAUGCGGCGGAGCGCGCGCGAAGGUAACCAAGUUGAUUCAGUUGGAACUUGCUCCCAGGUAACUGGGAAAAGAUAGUUGGUUUAACAUCCUACAAUAAACUCAGUAAUUCAAAAGUGAAUGAUUGGAAACCCUAUCCUGGAACCAAGUACCAUAGUCCCAGAGGGAGAGCAAGGGAGCUUUAGUUGGGAUGUUUCUGUCCCUGAAGAUGCUGCCAUGCAAGAAGAGGAGAGCUGUUCCGGCAGAUUCGGAAGAAGUGGAGUCGGACCUCUCUUCAGACGUGCCCUCCGUUCAAAUGGAGACCACUUCUUCAGCACCUGCAGGGGACCUGGGAGAUGCUGAUGGUGAGCUGGUAAAAGGAGCUGCGAUUCCGUCUAGAGAUGCCCCUCAGAAAGCCUGGCAGGAAUCGGCGGAGGCCCCGUCGAGAGGUGGGAAGACCUUUCCAAAGGCAGGAUCAGAUCUCUGUCCACAGCAAGCUGAGGAGUGUCGAGAUGCAAAGUGCUCUCCAUCAGCCAAGCUCUUUGUGGACAAGAUAGAGCAACACCUGGACUGUGCAGCUGGCCUUUUGCCGAAAAUGGAGGCUGAAUGGGAAGUGGCAGAUGACCCCCAGAAUGCGAAGGCCCCCAAGCCCCUGCUGAGUGCUGAAGUGCUGCACGAGCUGAAGGAGGAAGCCGAGGAGACGGGGCUUUUCAUCCCAGUGGAAGAACGAGAAGAAGGAGGGAAAAGGAAGAGGAGGAAAGCGACGAAGCGGAAGCGGGAAGGGAAAUGCCAGGAGGAGGAGGAGGAAGGCCCCUUGGCUUGUGACCUCAAACUGGACGACACCCUCGACCGGACUCUGGAAGACGGUGCGAAACAGCAUAACCUGACAGCCGUCAACGUGAGAAACAUCCUCCACGAAGUUAUUACGAACGAGCACGUUGUGGCCAUGAUGAAAGCGGCCAUCAGCGAGACGGAAGACAUUCCCAUGUUUGAGCCAAAAAUGACGCGCUCCAAACUGAAGGAAGUGGUGGAGAAGGGAGUGGUAAUCCCUACCUGGAAUAUUUCUCCAAUCAAGAAGGCAAAUGAAAUUAAGCCCCCUCAGUUUGUCGAUAUUCCCCUUGAGGAAGACGACUCUUCUGAUGAAGAGUACCAGCCGGAGGAAGAGGAAGAGGAUGAGACAGCAGAAGAGAGUCUGAUGGAGAGCGACGUGGAAAGCACCUCCUCGUCUCCCCGGGGAGCCAAGCGCUCUCGGACAAGGCGGUCGCCUGAUAUGAUCGAGACGGAUGAGGAAGGAGCGGCCCUGCUGGAGGUCGAGAAGGCCUCCCCGCCUCCCCUUCAGAGGCACAUCAGCGCCGAGGUCGUGCCGAUGGGGCCGCCGCCGCCCCCCAAGCCAAAGCAGAGCAAGGAUAGCAGCUUCAUGGAGAAGCUGCAUGCCGUGGAUGAGGAACUGGCCUCGAGCCCCGUGUGCAUGGAUGCCUACCAGCCUCUGGAGGACAGCUUGAUUGCCUUCCGCACCCGGUCCAAGAGGCCCCUGAAGGACGUGCCCCUCGGCCAGUUGGAGGCUGAGCUGCAGGCCCCGGACAUCACCCCGGAUAUGUACGACCCCAACACAGCGGACGAUGAAGAUUGGAAGAGGUGGCUGGGCGGCCUCAUGCACGGAGACGUGGAAAAUGAAGAUGAGGCGGACGACGACGACGAUCCGGAAUACAACUUCCUGGAGGAUCUGGACGAACCAGACACUGAGGACUUCCGAAAUGACCGUGCCGUGAGGAUUACAAAGAAGGAAGUGAAUGAGCUCAUGGAGGAGCUGUUUGAGACGUUCCAGGAUGAGAUGGGUUUCCCCAAUGUGGAGGACGAAGGCCCGGAAGACGACGACAGCACCGCUGAGGCCCGGCCAAACUUUAACACGCCCCAGGUGCUCAGGUUCGAAGAGCCUCUGGCCAACUUGCUGAACGAGCAGCACCGAACGGUCAAGGAGCAGCUGGAGCAGCUGCGCAUGAAGAAGUCGGCCGCCAAGCUGCCCCUGGAGGCCGAGAAAGCGAAGCCGCACAAUGAGAAGCCCAUCCAGGCGCUGAUGCUCGACGCCGGGCAGAGGAAGCGGCUCCAGCAGCAAAUGCAGCAGCACGUGCAGCUUCUGACGCAGGUCCACCUCCUCAGCAGCUCCAAUCCCAGCCUGACGGCAGAGGCCGACACCACCCGCCUGUUCCUGACCGAGCUGGACACGUUUGCUCAGAGUGCCACGCUGCUCCGUCAGCCGCUCGGCCACAAGUUCCAGACCUUGUUCCAGCCGUGCAACUUAAGAGAGGCCCUGCAGCUGCUCCAGGACUUCCACUCCCAUGUCAAGAUCGAAUGGAGCCCCCGGAAAGCAGUGAAGAAGAAUGUGAGCGACUUUGCGUGCCUGCCAAAGCAAGUUGCAUGGAUCUUGGCCACGAGGAGGGUCUUCAUGUAUCCGGAGUUGCUGCCCACCUGCUCCCUAAAGGCCAAAACGCCCCGGGACAAGAUAUUCUUCACAAAAGGAGAGGACAACCUGCUGGCCCUGGGGCUGAAGCACUUUGACGGGACAGAGUUCCCGAAGCCACUGAUCAGCAAGUACCUCCUGACAACCAAGACGGCUCACCAGCUGACGGUGCGGAUCAAGAACCUCAACAUGAACCGGGUCCCUGACAACAUCCUCAAGUACUACAAGUCGACGAAGCAGUUGCCGGUCCUGUCCAAGCUCUGUGAGGAGAUCCAGCCCGGUGAGGGGAGACCCCCCGUGGAGCAGGAGGAGCAUUGCCUGCCCUUCUGGCUCAAGGCCAGCCUGCCAGCCAUCCAACAGGAGAUGCUGCAGCCCGCCGCCAGAGAGGCCCCCAAGGUCCCAGGUGCCGAGCCUGCGGAGCCUGUGAGCAAGGAGAAGUACCCUCUGCACGUCCCGGAGGGUCUGCAGCUGAUCCUGCGGCCCCUCAACAGCCGGUUCUGCCGGAAGGCCUGGAGGAGGCCGCGCCCGGCGGCGGCCAAGCCCCUCCCCGUCCGGCCGGGCCUUUGCCUGCCCCCCUCCAGCUCCCACCACUUCCUGAAGAUGGCCGCCAAGCAGCCCCAGCCCGAAGUGCCGCCCAGCAGGGUGGCGGGCCGCGUCCCCCGCCUGAUCCAGCCGGCGCCGGCGCUCACGCAGCCCUUGCCGGGCGUCCAGCACUUGAGCCUGCAGCCUGCGGUGCGGAGCGGCGCCGGCCUGGAGCUCCAAGGCGUGCUGUCCGCGCCACAGGCCAGCCCCCGGCCCUGCGUGGCCGCCUCCGUGCCCCCCAGCCUGGUCUCCCCGCUGCCGCUCGCCUUCCAGCCCAAGAUGAUCCUCCCCGCCUUGCCCACCUCCAGGGUCCGGAAGCCGGGCGGGCCCAGGGGCUACCAGAAGAAGAAAGCCGCCCGGGCGGCCCCCUUGCUCAAGGCCGCCCCGCUGCUGCAGCCGGCCCCCGUCAUCUUCACCGUGCCGGCGGGAGCAGUGAAGGUGGUGGGCCUCGCCGGCGGCUGCAACGUCCUGCAGCCCCUGGCCGCAGCCCCGGCCGGCCGGCCGGCCCAGCCCAUCCCCAUCACCACCCUGCUGGUCAACCCGGCCCCUUUCCCGUGCCCGCUGAGUCAGCCCGUGGCCAACCCGCCCGCUCCCGCCCUGGUGGUGGCCCCCAGUUCCGCUGGCUCCCCGGCUCCGGCCGCCACCAAGGACUCCGAGAGCGGGAGCCAGCCCGCCGGCGGAGAAGCCGCCGCUCUGGUCCAGGCAGAGCCCGCCACAGAGCCGCAGGAGUCCUCCUCGUCCGCGGCAGCCCCGGGCCAGGAAGACUGUGGCCCGUGGCGCUCGGAUCCCGACCGUGGGGUCCACCCAGAGGCCCCUGUGCAGGCGUACGUGGAGAUGGCUGGGGAGAGCGUCGUCGAGCUGCCGGCCCCAGGCCCCUUCUCUCCGCUGGCAGAGCUGGGAGAGAUGGCGAAGGCUGAAUUCGAGGGCCCGAGCGGUGCCUCUCCGGAAGCCGCCCCCGUGGAGCCCGGCUCCGUCGGCAGCCAAGGAAAAGAGGGGCUGAUGUUGGACCUCGGGCAGGAGCUGGACGUGGAGCCUGCUCCGGCGUGUGCGGACGGGCAGGGCGAGACUCGGAGCAAGCAGGACUCCCGUGAGAGGGUGGCGACGGGCCAGGAGCCCCCGGGGCAGGCCUCGCAGAGCGCACCCGCUGCGGCCGACGAAGGCGGCGCUUCCCCCGGAAACGCCGUCCGCUCCAGGGCGGUCGAGCCCAAGUCUGGCGGCUUGGCGGCGAAUCCGGACGAUCUGCCUGGUUCGAGCAGCUGCGCGGGGGAGCCGCUGGCCAGCCAGGAGGCUGCGGCUGAGAAGGAGGGGCCGGAGGACGAGGAAGAGGAGGACUUCGAUGAUUACAUUCAGGAUGAGGAAGACGAGGAGAUGUCCUCCGCUUCCGAGGAGUCCGUGCUGUCCGUGCCGGAGCUCCAGGAGACGAUGGAAAAGCUGACGUGGCUGGCGUCUGAGCGGCGUCUGAGCCAGGAGGGCGACUCGGAGGAGGAGAACUCGCAGGAGGAGAACUCGGAGCCGGAGGAGGAGGAGGAGGAGGAGGAGGAAGGGGAGAGCCUGGAAACCGUGCAGAAGGAGGACGAAGUGACUGACGAGGUCGCGGGGCCCGGAGACAGGCCCGCGUCCUCGCUUGCGCUGCCCUGCGCGCCCCCGGAGGCAGACCCCAGCGGGACCCCUGCAGGGGAGAACCCCAAAGCGCCCGGGAAAAGCCGGGGCGCUCACCGCGCCCGAGCCAAGAGGGGCCGGGCUCGUGCCAGCAAGGACACCUCCAAGCUGCUGCUGCUGUACGACGAGGAUAUCUUGGAGAGGGACCCGCUGCGGGAGCAGAAGGACCUGGCCUUUGCGCAGGCGUACCUGAGUAGGGUCCGCGACGCCUCGCGCCACGUCCCAGGCAAGUACGAGGAGUUCCUGCGCAUCAUCUAUGAGUAUGAGAGCAGCGCCCAGAGGCAGACGGCGGUGGACCUCUACGCCCGGCUGCGGGUCGUGCUGCGCGAGUGGCCGCAGCUGCUCGCCGACUUCGCGGCCUUCCUCUUGCCCGAGCAAGCGCUCGAGUGCGGCCUGUUUGAGGAGCAGCAGGCUUUCGAGAAGAGCCGGAAGUUUCUCCGGCAGCUGGAGAUCUGCUUCGCCGAAAACCCUUCGCACCACCAGAAGAUCAUCAAGGUGCUGCAGAGCUGUGCUGAGUGUGUUCCCCAGGAGAUAAUUGAGCUGAAAACACAGAUGUGGCAGCUGCUGAAGGGACACGACCACCUGCAGGAUGAGUUCUCGGUCUUCUUUGACCACUUGCGCCCUUCGGCCAGCCGCUUGGGGGAUUUCGAGGAAAUCAACUGGACUGAGGAGAAAGACUAUGAGUUUGAUGGCUUUGAGGAAGUCUCAUUGCCAGACGUGGAGGAGGAGGAGGAUCCCCCCAAAAUCCAUGCAGCCUCGAAGAACAAGAGGAGGAAGGAACUUGGGGGCCAGAAUGCCGACAAGGAGCCCGAGUGGGGAGAGGCGCCGAAGGAAGGCUGCUGCUUCUGCCACGAGGGCGGCGGGGACCUGCGGAUGAAGAGGAGCAAACGGAGAAACUGCAGCCACUGCAGCAGCAAGGCUGGAGACGUGAAGUCCUUCCGGAGUAAAGACGCCCAUGAACUCGCCGACAGCGCUGCUGUGCGGGAACCGAGCCCUGAAGGGAAGGACUGUGUGGAGGAAGGCCUGGAGCUCAGGGAAGACGGCGAGGCUCCCCAGAGCAGGACGAGAGCGACGGCCCGGAGGGCGGACUCCGCUGGGGCAGGGCCUCGCGUGGAGGGAAAGCCGCCUGUGGGCAAAGAAGCCCCUGUGGAAGGGGGCGCCCCACCAACGGCCAAGGCGACAGAGGCCUGCUCCCUGCCGGUGCCCCCCUGCCCCAAGAAGCCUGCGGAGCCCCCCAGGCUCUGCCCCCAGAGCGCCACACCCCAGCCGCACAGGGGCCUUCCGCCCAAACCGCACCGGCCCAAAAGCAGCUCUUGCUCCCUCGUGGUGGGGGAAAGCGGAGGGGGACUCGGCCCGAGGAGCGGGGACGCUCUCCUGCCCGAAGGCCCUGCGGACGCCGAGUGUGGGGCAGGCGGGCCCGGACUCAGCCCCGCUCUAAGCCAGGGCCGGUUGCCGACCUGCCCCGUCCCGUCUGCUUCUGCGGAGGCGCCCGCGCAGCCACACCUCACGGACGACGAGGCGGACGGAGCGGCCUCGGUGGGCCACGCUCCCAAAGGGAAGGAGCUGCCGGGGCCGCACUCCAAAGAGCUCGCUCUGAAGGCGGCAGAACGGAACGGCGGCCCCCAGCCCCCAGCAGAGGCCUCUGGCCCGUGCCGCCUGCAGGCCCUGGCUGUGGAUCCCAAGGCGCGGGCCGAGGCUCCGGCCGCGAGCGACUGCUCCCCAGAGCCCGGAGGCGGGAAGCGUGCGGGCCCCCCGCGGGGAGAGGAGCCGCCACCGAGGGCGGUGGAGGCCACCGUCUGUGCCAAGAACAUCAAGGUCAGCUCUACGGGGGAGAAGGUCGUCCUCUGGACCAGAGAGGCCGACCGGGUCAUCCUGACUGCCUGCCAGGAGCGAGGAGCCAAUCCAGACACAUUCAGCGCCAUCUCCCAGCAGCUGCACAACAAGACACCGGAGGAGGUGGCCCACCGGUUCCGGGAACUGAUGGCCUUGUUCCACACCGCCUGCAAUGUCAGUUCAGAGGACGAGGAAGAUGGAAUGAGUACCAGCAACACGGACCAGCUCUCGGACAAAGAGCCGGUCCUCUCGGAGGAAGAGCGGGAGGAACACGGCUUCUAGGCCGGCGUGCUGCCGCUCUGGGGCAAGUGGGGCUUCCUUGGGGAGGGUUGCCUCGGAGUCUGAAGCAUCGUCCACACCACACGGAAGCUGCCUUCCGAGAAAAGGUGAGAUGGGAUGGAAAUCCCCAUAGAACAACUGGGUGUAAAUACGUUCACGAUGAGAAAUGUGUACAUUCUCCCUGGUGCUGCCUCUGGGUGAAUAUUUAUUGCGCAGUUGUGUUUUAAGGAAUAAAGCCCUUAACCCUC